AUGUCAGCCAGUACUAUCCCGAUACCACGCGACCCAACCGAUGACGAGGCUCUUGCCUUGUUCAGGGCCAUAGAGGAGAAGUUCCCAUCGCAGUCACUUGGAGAUGACAAGUGGUAUGUUCUUCUGCUCGCGGCGAUGGUAGGCGGCGGGCAGCCGGGCUUCGCGCCUCUGCUCUACAAGGAACUCAUCAAGCGACCCGAAUGCCAAACACCCGAAAAGCGUCAGGCGUUGAUGCGGAGGAUACGAGAGACACUGUUCAAGCUCAUCGUCAUCGUGGGCGUGUGCAAGCCGUUGGAAGCCAUCUUCGACAUCGAUGCCAUCACAAGGCCAGAGGACAAGGAUUAUACAUUCUCUAGAGAGGGAUGGCAGUGUGACGAAGCGAACUCAAAACGUGAUUGGACGAGCAAGCAAAUCACCUACGGCCUCUAUCUAUCCGAUCACAGCAUCCUCAACGACGUCGAGACCGAGCUCACCGUACUCAGCGGCAUCAUGAUACAAAAUCUGCCGAGAGAGACAGCCUGGCAUUUGCGCGGGACAAGGCGCAUCGGCGUCAGUAAGGAGGACGUGGAGACAGUCCAGCAAUGUCAAGAUCAAGACGACAUCACAACAGCAACAUUGUCUCCAUCGCUUCGGCAAUGGGCACACCUUCCCGAGGAGCUGAAAAUUUAUGUCUUAUGCUUUAUCGUUGGUGACAUUCCUGAAAGCCCCGUGCCAGACAGUAACUAUACAGUCAUCUUCCGCAAACAUAUGGAACCUAUCUAUGAGGUGCGGAACAAGGAACUGUACCGGCUGGCCCGGACCGCUUACUACAACAAAAAUGUCUUCGAAAUCUGUAUCGAGGAGAAACCGUCUCAUUCGUCUCAACGAGUCACCUUUCGUUACCCUCCUGCAGAAAUAGCAAGCAUGAUUCGGCACUUACGCGUUACCGUUAAGGCUUACACCAUGGAUGUUUCACGACUGGAACAUAUACUACUGUGCAAUUCGCAACCCUUGGCCUUUAUGCUGCAGGCAACAAGGCCCUUAUUACAAUCGAACGAACUGGGCCUGCCUUUACCAAUCGUGAGAUCGAGAUGGCUCAUGACGGCACCCCACGACAAUGCCUGGCAAACUGGAUUCACGAACCUGCAUACUCUGAAGCUCAGCUUCCACUUUUUUGAUGAUGACAAUCUCACAGAAGGCGAUGAAGACUGUUGUAUGUCGCCUGACUUGAUAGAGGAAACGAGAGCGUGCUUAGCUGACACAAAGACGUUGUUCAAGGCAAAGGAGGUGGAACUUGACUUGACGCUGGAAUGCCACAAUAGCAUUGCGAGUGUCUAUUGCAAUAAGCACGCCGAUAUCAUUGAACACUGGAAGCUACUGGCAACUACUGGCAACGACAACGAAGACGCAUGA